CCAUUUUUAUUUGUAUUUUUAUUUAUUCACCAUCGAUGAAUGCGAUGGAUUAUGAGCAUUUUGAUUACUCAUUUGGCCCUCCUCAUAUGAAUCAUCUCCAUGAUUAUGAUUAUAUCUCAGAAAAUGCAUUUUCAUUUCAAACAGAAGAUUUCUUAUCAUCAAACACUAUCUUGGAUGAAAUGUUUGAUCUAGAGUCCAUGGAAGGAUUGCUCACAACCAAACAAGACUAUGGUUUCAUGAAUGAUUAUGCUACUACAGUGGAUCUAGAAACUGAAAUGUGUCAUGGAUUCACCCUUAAUAUUGAGGAAAAUGUGCAAGUUCCAAUGGAACAAGGGGAUUCUUCUUUAAAGGGAAUUCAAGCAGAGCUAAUGGAAGAGACUAGUUUGGUUGAUCUCUUGCUAACAGGAGCUGAAGCUGUUGAGGCACAAAAUUGGACACUUGCUUUAGACAUAAUUGAGAAACUCAACAAUGCCUCAUCUUUGGAAAAUGGUGAUGGUUUAUUGAACAGGUUGGCUUCUUUCUUUACUCAGGGUUUGUAUUAUAAAAGUAAAAAUGUGUAUGAAUUUCCGCAACAUGGUUCUUUUUCUACACACACAAAUGCUUUAUGUGUGUUUCAGAUUCUUCAAGAACUUUCUCCCUAUGUGAAAUUUUCUCAUUUCACUGCAAACCAAGCAAUCUUGGAAGCCACAGAAGGUGUUGACCAUGUUCACAUCAUUGAUUUUGACAUCAUGGAGGGGAUUCAAUGGCCACCCUUGAUGGUUGACCUUGCAAUGAGGAAGAUUGCUACUUCCCUUAGAGUAACAGCCAUCACGGUGGACCAAAGAAGUGUUGCUUCUAUUCAACAAACAGGAAGAAGGCUUAAAGAGUUUGCAGCUUCUAUCAACUUUGAAUUCAUGUUUGAUCAGAUAGUGAUGGCAAGGGAAGAAGAUUUUCAAGGAGUUGAACUUGGUGAAACAGUUAUAGUCAAUUGUAUGAUACACCAGUGGAUGCCUAAUAGGAGCUUCUCAUUGGUCAAAAUUUUCUUAGAUGGUGUUAGCAAAUUGUCCCCAAGGCUUGUUGUUUUAGUGGAAGAAGAAUUAUUUAAUUUUUCUAGGCUUAAAUCCAUGUCAUUUGUGGAGUUCUUCUGUGAGGCUUUGCAUCACUACACUGCACUUUGUGAUUCACUUGCUAGUGGUUUAAGGGGUAGGCAUAAGAUGGAGUUGAGGCUAAUAGAAAAUGAGGUUUUGGGGUUAAGAAUCUUGGAUAGCGUGAGGCAAUUUCCUUGUGAGAGAAAGGAGAGAAAGGUGUGGGAGGAAGUGCUUUAUUCCAUGAAAGGGUUUAAAUGUGUUCCUAUGAGUACAUGUAAUGUUUCACAAGCCAAGUUCUUGGUGAGCCUCUUUGGUGGAGGGUAUUGGGUGCAAUCUAAGAAGGGCGGGUUGGCCUUGUGUUGGAAGUCAAGGCCUUUGACUGUGGCUUCAAUAUGGGUACCAAAGAGUGACAAGGUCAAAUAGAUUUACUAUUAUAUGGGUUAAGUUGCUUUUGCGUUGUUUCUUGACUUUCUUCAUUCAUUAUGGUGAAUGGGUUAGGACUUAGGAGUACUAGAGUAUUGAACAUUUCAAUGUAUUGGUACUAUUUCUUAGUUAAAUUAAUUUUUAAAUUUGUUUAGCA